UUUGUUUUUCUGUCAAUUGUCACUACUCAAUUCAUUCAUAAUUUUCAUUCCUUCGACCUUCAUUUCAUUCAUCAUAUGGAAUGGAAUAAAGGGCUUUAUUUGUAUUUUUUUGGAAAAUGAUUAUGAGAUGAGAUUAUGAUUCACCUGAACAGAAUGGACGUUGACAAUGUAGAAGGAGGCGUGAAUGCCUCUCUGGACAUAGAACAGUCCCUUUUACAGCAAUUCAGCUGUAUGGGUACUACUGACAAAGAUGAGCUUAUCCAACAGCUACAAAAACUACUGGGAAGCCCAACGCAGCUUAAUCAUUCGACUGCGGCCUUUUUUUUGGACAUGAAUAAUUGGAAUUUACAGGCUGCAAUUUGCUCAUAUCUAGACAUCGAGACUCCAAAUGUCCUUCCGUCAAUGUCUCUGCUAUCUGACCCUGAUACUUCUGAGACUGAAAAUAUCGAACCAAAUACACGCUUCCAAAAGUCUUGGCACAUAAGCAACUCGGGCAAUGACACCUGGCCGGUCGGUUGCUAUAUCCAAUGUUCCGAUGGUGAUAGUUUUGGAGGUGAAAGAGUACAGUUGCCCCCCUUGCAGCCUGGACACGGCAUUCAUGUAGCUAUUGUGAUGAAUAGUCCAACUGUACCUGGUAUUUAUCAGAGCAAAUGGAGGGCGUGUACACCGUCCGGUUCAUAUUUUGGUGAUGCAAUGUGGACUAUACUUACUGUAGUAGAACAAGGCACUAUUGAACUGACGGAACAAUUAUCUCAUUUCAAUGAAUUAGGCGCCAUUCCUCCUUUAGAGCCGCAGGUCACCAAUCCAUUUUUUCCUUUCACGCUUCCCAAGGAAAAUAAGGAUUCUGCCCCACCUGAUGGAAUGUGCUAGUUAUAAUAAUAAUUGAAUGUUCUUAUUGGAUUGAGUGCUCACGAAUCAAGGUGUAUGUAUUUAUAUUUUAUAUAUUAUUUUGACAAUUCUUUGGAUCAAAAUGGGAAAGCAAAGUUACUAGUUAAAUUUUCCCAUGGUAUGUAUACAGAGUGUUCCAGAUAAGAAUGCACAAGUAUCUUAUUUUAGUUUUCAAUCCCAAAAAAGUAGAAUUCUGGUGAUAAAGAGUGAAAUUGAUUUAAAUUUAGUUGUACUUUCGUUUGGACUAAAAUAUUUUGUUGAGAACAUUUAACUCCCUCAAUUCUGAUGUGAGAAGAAUGCUUCUACACAAGUGUUUUUGUAACUUUUUUAGGUCACUGGUGAUGCAUGGGUAAUGGCCGUUUCCACCAACAAUUUUAGGGAAGCCUUAAUGAUAAAUAUUCCUUAAAAUGAAAGUCUUCCAUGGAGAAAUGUCAGUUUGAGAAAAACUUAUCGUUAAGGCUUACCUAAAAUAGUUGGUGGAAACGACAAUAAAACCUUGAAUGGAUUAGAAAGUAUCAGUUUAGUUUAAUUUUCAAUUUCAUUCUUAAUCUCAGGGUUAUACGUCAGACAUCUAACGAAGAAAAAAUAGAAAAUUGGGUACCUACCUGAUCCCAUUUGCAACAAUAUUAUUUGUCAAAAGUUCUAUUAAUUAGAAAAUGGCAGGCUUGGGUCGCCUACAGGCAGCAAUCCUCAUUUAGUACUCUACAUUUUUUAGAUUUCAGUGCAUUUUUUUCUGGGACAUGAUAUAUUUAAGAUGUAAAUUGUACAUAGAGAGAAAAAUAUUGAAUAUCCCGCAUAUGCAUAAUAAAGUUUUUUCAACCAAAAGUUAAUUGAUUUUUGGUUAUGAAUAUUUAUUUGAGAUAGAAUAUAAUACAUGCAUGAUAAUUAUACUUAAAACUCGACUUAAUUUAUACACUAUUGAAUAAUUGGAUUGAAGUUUUGUUCGAUUUUUAUAGUGAGAAAAAGUUGACUUUUUGCAUUUUUUAUGUAUUAAGACUAACGAAAAAAGAAAAAUACAAAAUUCUAUCUAUGUCAGUUGUAACUAUAUUUGUUAAAUAAAUU